GACAAAUAUAAUAUAUAUUGAGUAAUAAAUAAGUAGAACAAAAUAUUUGCCUGAUUAAAGAUUACGGCGAUGGCAUCCUCAGGGCUGAUCGUUGCGCUUGCGUUGCUCGCUGCCGUGUCAGCGGCCCCCGAGAGCCGCAUUGUGGGUGGGGAGCAUACCACCAUCGAGCAGUUCCCAUACAUCGUCGCCCUGACCUACUUCUACCCUGGCCCUGGUAUCCUCAUACAGCGCUGCGUUGGCUCCCUCUCGUCGUGGCACGUACUCACCACGUCCUACUGUUUUACCGGUGGCAACUUGAACCAAUUCGAGGUCCGCGCUGGUUCGACCAACAGUCUCUCCGGUGGUGUUGUCGUGCUGUUCGACGAGCUCAUCAAGUAUCCCAACUACGUGGAGAAGCCUAGAGAAGGCGAUGUCGCCGUGGUUCGGUUGAAGACUCCCCUUGGCAUCAGCAGCACUAUCGACGUUCUGUACCUGCCUCCUCAGGGCACUAGUAUAGCUGAUGGCAGCUCUGUGAAAGUCGUCAGCUGGGGUUUCGAAUAUGAAGGCGGACCUCAACUGCAAACCCUGAAGACCAUCAACCUGUACAAAGUAAAUGUUGACGAGUGCAAGGCUGCGUACGAAGGCUCUGAAGCGGUCGCCAUCUCUGACCGUGUAAUCUGCGCGAAAGCCCCAGGCCGUGGUAUCUGUUUCGGUGACGCCGGUGCUCCCAUGGUCAUCGGCCGCGUGGUAGUCGGUACCGCCUCCUACUACGAGUCCUGCGACACCCAGGACUACCCCGACCUCUUCAGCAGGAUCGACACUUACACUAACUGGAUAUUGUCGGUCGCCGUCGCCCCUAGGAGCGAUAUUAGGUCCCCUACCCCAAUGCCAUGAGGGCCAACCUUAAUUAAUUCAAUAAGCUGUAGGCCCUAAUAGGGUGGCAAAGUAGAAUUAAGUUUUAGUAUGAUACAUUUAGAGCUCACAUUUUGUUAUUGCUCUUAUAGAAACAUGAGAAAGAUUUAAGAAUUAGUUAUUUUGCCAUCCUGUCAUGGUUUGAAAUAUUGGGGGUCACUUAAAAAUGCAUCAAACGAUUAUAAGCUAUGAAUGGAGCAGGAUUGAUAAAAAGCAUUAAAAAAUAGAUUCUCGAUUUAUUUAUAAGGAAAAAAUCUUAAUUAAAUAAAAUUAUUUUCUAUUA